CUCUUCUUUUGCAAGUUCCUGCUAGUGAACAGUCGACCUCAAGAGACCCCAGCGGAGAAGGGGGUGAAGAGGGCUCACUUGCCAGCUUCAGCAACCCGAAGCCCUACAAAUUAGAGGUCCUCUGGGGAGUCCCUCUUGCUGUCUUUCCUCCCGAGAUCAUGGCAUUUCUGCCCCUGAUGCUGCUGCUAAUCCUGGCCAGACCAGUUUUGCCCGGGCCUGAACCUCUGACUGGCCCUCGGUGCACGUAUACCUUCGUCUUGCCACAGCAGAAGUUCACGGGGGCCGUGUGCUGGAGCAGCGUGCGCCCUCCCCCCGAACCUCCAGGCCCCAACCGCAGUGAGGUGGAAGAACUCCGCUAUCAGCUGAAUCGGCAGCAGGCCCAGAUGGAUGAACUGCGUCGGCUGGUGGAGGUGGACGGAGCGGUGGUGAGCGAGGUCAAGGCGCUGCGCAAGGAGAGCCGCAGCGUCAAUGCCCGUGUCACCCAGCUGUACACGCAGCUGCUCCACGAGAUCCUCCAGCGCCGAGAGCGGCCGGUGCCGACCUCCCAGCUCGAAGGGCAGGUGGCCAACGCUUCUGCCGAGGCCUUGCGAGUCGCAACCAGCUACCGCCAACUGGAGGGCAAAUACCAGGCCCUGGCCGCCCUGGUCAACAAUCAGAGCGCCCUCAUCAGCCGGCUGGAAAGGGACUGCCAGCAAGGAGCCGGUGGCAGGAUGCGACCACCACAGCCUCCGCUAGUGCCAGUGGUACCCUACAAUCCUGCAAGUGUCACCAAUGAAAGCCGAUUUCAUUUUGACGCCAUCAAUGACAUCCAGCGAGACCAGAGUCCUCAGUCACCUCAAGUCCAACAUUGGCCACAUGAGGCUUCAGUUCCACCCUCUGGGACUCUCCCACCUGCUGCCGUUGUGCCCACCAGACCCACAGGGCCUUGGCAGGACUGUCAAGCAGCUCAGCAAGAUGGGCAGGCCAGUGGCAUCACCAUGCUGGAGCCAGCUGGUUCCCGUGGUAUCAUCCAGGCCUGGUGCGACCAGGAGUACGAUGGGGGAGGAUGGACCGUCAUCCAGCGGCGGCAGGAUGGGUCGGUUAACUUCUUUACCACCUGGCAGCACUACAAGCACGGCUUUGGGAAUCUGGAAGGAGAGCAUUGGCUGGGUCUGGAUCCCAUCCAUUGGCUGACCCAGCAGGGCUCCUACGUGCUGCGGGUGUUUCUGGAAGACUGGAGCGGGCGACAGGCACAGGCCGGCUAUGACGCCUUUGUCCUGGCACCUGAGAACGAUUUCUACCGGCUGCGUCUGGGGCGCUACCAGGGCAGCGCUGGCGACUCACUUUCCUGGCACAAUGGGCGACAGUUCAGCACACUUGACCGUGACCACGAUGCUUACUCUGGGAACUGUGCCCACUACCAGAAAGGGGGUUGGUGGUACAACAUGUGUGCCCACUCCAACCUGAAUGGUGUCUGGUACAAGGGUGGCCAUUAUCGAAGCCGCUAUCAGGACGGGGUCUACUGGGCGGAGUUCCGUGGUGGUGCCUACUCGCUCCGCAAGGUGGCAAUGAUGAUCCGACCCUCGCCGGGCACCUAGUUUCCCCCCUUGGGGGCUAAGAAAUCACAUGCCAAGGGAGAGUACAGACAUGCUGAAAAACGGGAGUUACUCUGUCCUGGAGGCACAUUUACCACGCUGUUGUCAGAUGGACCAGUCUGCAGCUAAAACCAGUUGGCCGCUGUGCUGAUGGGCUGGGGACUUGUGACAGGCAUGAACCCAGCCACCCCCUUGGAGGGAGCUUUUUUUUUUUUUAAACUUGCGGGCAGCACUGAAGAGUGUUUGAUGCAGGGGCAAGCAGUCGUGUCUUGGGCCUAAUUAGAUGAGACAUGACAUGAGUGACUCACAGUCAUUCGUACAUCAGGGGACUCACUUUACAAACCACUAUGGCUCUUGGUGUAGCUCAGAGCACUGCGGGGUGGGGGAAAGGCUUCUGCCUUCCCUCCCGUGCUGUUUUGCCUAGUGGAAAUGGCUGUGGGGAAGCCUGAUUUGCCCCUUCUUUCAGGCUCCAUGUGACCUAGGAUCGUCUCAUACAUUGCCAAGGCAAGGCCGGGGAAGGAGGUGGCGCACUCAUCCUGUGAGAUGAAAAGCCAUAGUAGCUCCUAUUUUAAGUUAUGUCUGGACUCUCUCCAACACAUUCCCGAAUAUGUUUUACAAAAACAGGGACAGUGACCCCCUAUGGCAGAACACGACUCUGCUACAAUGUAGGACUCUGUUUCCAAGGAUUUAAGGACAGCAAAAGCAGUCUCAGAACUGCUGUGGCAAACCUAGUGAGGAGGGACGUCCACUGCCUGAUCAGGGCAAUGCUGCAACUCAAAGAAACCUGGGAGCAGCUACAGAAUAAAUGGUGGCAUGUGCUGAAAUAGUUGGACGUUGCUAUACUGAACACUCUACAGUUAUACAAUUCCUGGCGAUUUAUUUCCGAGUAGAUUGGAAGGGUUCCCUUUCCCAGCUUUUCCUAGACAGAUAACUCAGUGGAGCAAAACAAGGCUUCCUUUGAAUGGAAUUUGGCAUGAAACCAAUCCAUCAGCUGAAAGGUGUACAGUACAAUCUGCAGAGGUCAGCAGCUGUUUGUUCUGUAUUGCAUCAGCCACAUGUUUAGGCUUUCCUUUUGAAGGGAUGUUCAUGGAAAGAGGUUUACCUCCUCUCCUGAUCUCUGUUAUAGCUAAGAGUAUUCAUAUUCUGCAACUCGGUCCCCACUCCCAAUAAAAAGUUCUGCUUCAGAGAAAAUCCAACCCAAUCCUCUACCCCAAAUAAAUUCUACAACUCAGCAAUGAAGAGACACGUACUUACUUCUGCAUAACCCUAAUUAAUUUGCUCGUUGGUGGUGUUUCUUUGACCAUUAUGAAAGUCUGUGGCAAGUAAACAUUCUACCCUCAAAAUAAAGUAUGCAAAUGUAUAAUUUAUCCA